AUGUUGUCCCGUUAUGUGCCACAACUCUAUGCAUUCACGGCACACGGAGUCAAGGAAGCAACUGUAAAUGAAAAAUUGGAAAAAUUGAUUGGUGUUUGGGAAGGGCAUAAAUAUUUCGAUGACGGUUGUUAUAAG